AUGAAAACCGAUCAAAACAUUCGUCCUCGCGGUCCCCGCAACGGCGCCGGACCAGGUCAGGACAGGAAAAACUUUAACAACGAUAAACCGAAGAACGAUCGGUUCUUCAAGCCGAACCAAACCGGUGGCAAUCGUGGUGGUGGUCGCGGUGGUGGUGGCCGCGGUGGUGGUGGCCGCGGUGGUGGUGGUGCUCGUGGUGGUGGUGGUCGCGGUGGUCGCGGUGGUGGCGGUGGUCGCGGUAGUGGCGGUGGUCGUGGUGGUGGUGGUCGUGGCCGUGGUGGCGGAGGCCCUCCCGGGAGACAAUGGAAACCUCCAGGUGGUGACCAAAAUGGGGACAAUCGUGGUGGUGGACCUCCCGGAAGACAAUGGAAACCAAGAGGUGAUGGCGGUCCUCCCGGCAGGCAAUGGAAACCACCGGGCGGUGGCCAUAAUAGUGAUAAUCGUCAGGGUGGCGCUCCCGGUAGGCAAUGGAAACCACCCGGUGGCGGUGGUGAUGGGGGUCCUCCCGGUAGGCAAUGGAAACCAAAAGCUGGUGACCAAAACGGUGACAAUCGUGGUGGGGAUGGUUCCGGUCCCCCCGGAAGACAAUGGAAACCACGGGGUGGAGAAGGUGGUCAGCAAGGUGGACGUAAACCAUAUGACCGAAACCAGUCAAAAGGUCAGGGCCAAAGACAACGUGGAGGUGAUAAACCACGUGGUGGAUCCGGCAACACUCAGCAACAGCAGCCACAACAACAACGAUCUGGUCAGGAUCUGGAUGCGCUGUUUACAGCGAAACCGGAAAAGUUGAACUAUUGCCUGGCACCGGAACGGUUGGAAGCCCAGGAGCGGGCGAUCAAGCGGUUCGACAAGCAAGAUCGGGAAGCGGAGCAUCAACAGAAGCAGAGCGAGAAGCAGCGUAAGCACAAGAUGAUGACGGCCAAGACCAAAAAGGGUCAACCGGUGAUGCAGGGCCGGAUGGAACUGCUGUACGAGAAGGUCCAGAAGAUGGUCGGUUAGGGUUGAUUCGGG